CUCUAUUUUUCUUUCUCCGAUUGUGUAGUAUCCUUUAGAUCUUUCUCAAGAAGAGAAAUAACUAUUAGUUCACAGAAUUCACAUUCACUAAAGGCGGAAUUACUAAGCUAGCAGAGGUUCAGCGUUUGUUCUUUCUAAUCCACAGAGUUGGCACAAGGCUUCUUGGCCUUGCAGCUGAGGCGAUCUCCCCCGGAAUGGUGAGAAAGCAGCAGCAGUACACCAUGAAUGUGGAGCAGAACGCGGCGGAGCAGUUGUUAAGAAAUCCAUACUGUUCAACUGAAGGAGCACACUGUGGCUGUAGAUCACACCAUGUGACAUGUGAGCUGCAUCGGGUUACAAAACACCCAUGUUCACUCUGGAAAAUAUUUCUAAUAUGUCUGUUGGCUUGUCUAGUUGCCACAGCCAUUACAGCUCUGGUCUUUUAUUUUGGACCAUUUGGCAACCCCACCAAUACCACCAUCGUCAUUCACACAGAUGGAAGGUCCAGCCAGGACCCCUGCACUACUGCAUCUACACCAUCUCUUACCCCAACACUUCCACCUGGACCUGAAACCACUCCAUCUCCUACUAGUCUACCCACCCCAGGCUUGUCUACCAAUCCGCCCACAACCACUACCAUGGUGACCAGCACAGAACAUGAAGUUGAAAUUGAGUAUGAAUACCAAGUGUGAACUCUCAGCUGUCAAGCCUCACUGAAUAUCCUCACUGAAAGGCGACAUAUCCAAGAUUCUGAACCCUGCUAUAAUAUCCCAUAGCACAGUUCUCUAUUAAUCUAUGCUGCUUUCCAUGUGAUGAUAGUCUUGCCUUGGUUAUUUACAACCUGAGAAAGAUA